AUGAAUGACUUGUUAUUAACAACUGUAACAUUCGCUUCUUCUCCAAAAUUGAUAUCUCUUGGCAAUGCAGCAUUCUCUGGUUGUUCAAGUCUUCCUUCUUUCUCUUUCCCUGACUUAAUAUCUGUCCAUGUAACUAAUUCUUAUAAUUAUACCACAUUUUGUGGUGUUGAAGUCUUCCGAGCAAGAGGUUCUGAAUGUGAUCUCGUUUUUGCUACAGGAUAUGUUGAUGCUCAAGCAUUUAGGAAGAAUGCCAUAGGCAUAUUAGGCAAUACACUUGUAUUACAUGUCAUUAUUAAUAUGUAA